CAGGAUAAGGUCAUCCCAUCCGCCCCUUCACACGCUGCUCAUCCUCUCUAUCGUCGUCCUCGUCGGCGACGGUGAGAGGUUGCGAAACCAUGGCGGUGGCCGCCCAUUGUGCCAGGACACACCUUUCGAUUGUAUGUGGUGCUAGCAGUUCUUCAAGAAUAGCAUUCACUUAUUACAAGUAUUGUGCAUUGUCGGAGCCAACACUACUACAUAAAAAAAUUCGAGAGCCAAGUCAAUUUCAAUAUCGGAAAUUCAUUGUGCCCCAGUCAUCACUGAAAGAACUAUCUUGCAAACAAUUGGCCAACGAAAUGGAUGAACAAUGGUCCCAUGAUUCUUCUUACUCAUUCGCAGUUUCAAGUGCACAACCAUCCAUAAAAAAGAGUGAUGUGAAGAAGCAAGGGCAAGAUCAUCAACCUCAUCAGCCACAAAAUCUAGAAGGUGAUGCUCACUUCGCUGGUUUGUCGAAUAAGGAAAUCGAUAGAAGACAGAAGAUUGGUGCUGCAAACAAGGGGAAGGUUCCCUGGACAAAAGGCAGGAAAUGGAGUGAAGAGCAUAAGAAGCUCAUCAAGCAACGGACUACUGAAGCUCUGAGAGAUCCCAAGGUUAGGAAGAAAAUGCUAGGGCAUCGUCAACUACAUAGACAGGCGAGCAAGGACAAAAUAAGUGCUGCAUUGACGAAGAUCUGGGAGAGGCGAAUAGUUUGUGUCAAAUCUAGACAGAGAGUUCUGGAAAUAUGGUCAAACAGUAUAGCAGAAGCAGCGAAAGAAGGUAAUCACAACCAAGAUAAGCUGGAUUGGGACAGCUAUGACAGGAUAAAAUCGGAGAUGAUAUCCCUGUUCCUGUGGAAAAAAGAGAGGGAACAGAUAAUCAAGAAGCUUAAAAAGGCAGUGGCAAAAAUAGCUGCCAAGAAGCUUCAAGAAGCGGGGAGGAAAGUACUGACUAGAGGGACAACAAAAAAAUCUAAACCUGAGAAGUUGCUGCUACAGAAAUCAGAGUCUCCGUCAACAAAGGUGGUAGUACCUACAAGACCAAAGCUUAAAGAGAGACUAACCAAGUGGCACUGUCGUAAAAAGGAGCUCGAAACUGUGAUAAGUUCACGGGCAAGGAAAGGAGGAUUGCAAGAGCAACCACGAAGGCAACUAACAGCAUAAAGGCAAGAAGUGGACUUGGUGAAGAAGCUUGAGGUCUCCUGAGAGCAUGUACAAUGAGUUGAGAUGCUUAGAGAAGGUGUUUAUAAAAAAAACUGUUUUUCUUUUCUCAACUGCUUAAGCACCACUGUUUAGACAGAAGGUAAGAUGCUUACUUAAGUACCGCUACUUAUAUUAGUAUUAGUAAGAUAGUUAACUAUAUUUAAACACAUGUAGUGUAAACAUUGAAAAUUAUAAUUUUUAAUAUGUGCUGAACACACUCUCUCCUGAAGCACUAGCAUUGUCCAUACCCUAAGGCGGCUGCAGGAGCUUCAGUUAUCUUGGAAGGACGUGCUUUCAUGCGCUGACAUUUACUUGAGUUUUUUUUUGUUCUCAGGUCAUCCCAAAGUAAUUUUUUUAAUUCUCAUGCUGAUUUAUGUGUUGGUAUCAGGAAUGAAACCCUGUGUAGGUUCUAUUUGCAAGCAGGAUGAACUGGCUGAGUAACUGUGAGACCAUCUUACUGAUGUAUGUGUGAUGUUGAUUUCAUUGGUCCGAAUGAAGAAUUCUGGUGGUCAUUUUUUAUGGUA